AUGGAGGUCCAUGUAGACAGCAUAGGAGGAUUAUCACAUCGGCAGUAUAGAUAUCGUAAAGGCAUAUCGACCAUUGACGGAUUGGAUGGGACGGAAAUCAAAUGGUCCAAAAGCCUCAGGUAUCUGGGAGUGCAAAUUGAUAAAAAGCUGAAUUUCAAAGAACACAUACAUGCAGUAGUGGUAAAGGCUCAAACAACAGUGGCUAAAUUAGCAAGAGUAAUGCCAAACAUCGGAAGUCCAAGGCAGGAGAAAAGGAUACUUUUAAAUGAAGUGGUCCACGACAGUAUUUUGUACGCCGCUCCAAUAUGGGCAAAGGCACUGGAGGUUAAAAAAGAAAAACAGAAACUUCUAUCAGUUCAGCGACGGAGCGCCUUGAGAUUUGUUUCUGCCUAA